UGAAGAUCGGUUCUGCAUGGUAAACAAAUAUUUGUAGGAAUCUGAGGCCUACAUGGCCCCACGUUAGAGGACUUGGCUAGCGCGGAAAAGGAUUUUCGGAACAAUCACCUGUUGCCGCAUCGUGCUUUCAUGUGUUCGCUGAUCUGUACACGCACAUGACCGUGGCUUGAUUCAUCACAGUUACUACUUUCUCGGACUUAAGUAGAAGAUAGCUACUCAGUUCUUUCCGAUUUGUAUUCCGACCACUUGUUACUCAGGCGCUCAGCCCCGGCCAUGUCUCCGGUGAGAAUCAUCGACGUCAGCUACGUCCGUGUGCCGUCAGCGGUAGGGCCGCCGCCGGAGGCCAUCAAACUCAACGCCAUGGAGGCCCAGUGGGUCGUGCGUCCGGUGCUGCAGCACCUCCUCUUCUUCGAGGGCGACCAGCUUCCGCCCUUCGACACUGUUAUCGAGUCCCUCAAAUCCUCCCUCGCGGCGACCCUGGCCACCCACGCCCCGGUCGCUGGCAAGCUCCACUACCUCGCGGACACCGGCGACGUCGCCAUCGUUUGCUCCGCCUCCGACGGCGUCAGGUUCGUGGUCGCGGAGUCCGAGGCCGACGUCCGCCGCCUUGCAGGCAACGAGGAGCACGACGUGCACACGUUCAAGCGGCUCGUUCCUGAGGUCAACAUGGGCGAGCUGCCGGCGUCGGUGCUGGCCGUGCAGGCCACGCGUCUCGAGGGAGGCGGGAUGGCUGUCGGGCUGACGGUGCACCACGCCGUCGCGGACGGGCGGUCUCUGUGGAGGUUCGUGGAAGCGUGGGCCGCGGCGUGUCGGGGGGACACUCCGCCCACGGCGCCGGUCUUCGACCGCUCGCUUGUCAGGCUUCCUGGAGGCGAGGAGCUGGCCCGGAGCGUCUUGAGAAAGUACGCGCCGAAUCUGCCAGUGGCGUCCAUGCCCUCGUUUGCGAUACGAGACCGCAUGCGGUUCACUCGCCGAACAUUCACCUGUGACGCACAACACAUCCAGCGCCUCAAGCAGCGCAUCGUCCGGCUCGGCGAAGCCCAAGGCUUGCCCUUGCGCCGCCCCCCGUCCAGCUUCGUCGCCGUAAUCGCGCUAGCCUGGACGUCCUUCGCCCGGACCAGGCCUUCCCCCGCAGACGACGACGUGUUCCUGAUCUUCUUUGCCGACAUCCGCGACCGCCUCGACCCUCCCGCCGGCGCGGAGUACUUCGGUGCGUGCCUCUCCUUGUGCCUCGCGAGACUGCCCGCGCGGGAGCUCCGCGCCGAGCACGCGCUGGCGCCCGCGGCUUCGGCGGUCCAGGACGCCGUCCGCGAGAUGACGGAGAACCCACUUGCCGGAUGGGAGAUCAUGAGCAUAGUCGGCGUGGUUCACAUGAAUCUGUUCAUCAACGUGUCGGGGUCGUCAAACUUCAGGGCGUACGACGUCGCCGACUUCGGGUGGGGGAAGCCUAGGCGGACGGAGCCGAUCAGGAUGAACCACGACGGGCAAGUGGCCCUGGUCCGGGCCAGGGAUGGCGAAGGGGUGCAGGUGUCGGUGUCCAUGCUCCAACCAGUGCACAUGGACGCCUUCAAGUCAGAGUUCCUCAAGCUACUUGGAUGAUGUUACAAUUUACUAGUAAUCGUCUCUAUCUGUACGUGCAGUAAAACAGUAAUAUCUUCAACUCUGCAUUUGUUGUUCA